CACAAGCUACUGCAGGUGCAAAGCUGGGAAGCCGAGGAUAAAACACGCGCUUCACGGAGGUGGCGCUAAUCGCCAAAUGUGCCUCUAUGAAUCUGGACCUCUCUAUGGACGGCGUAGCUAAAAGACAGGGAGGGAGCCGCGGAGUUGAUGGCGUCUGCAAAUGCCACAUACGGACAGAAGGAGUCCUCGGACCAGAACUUUGAUUACAUGUUUAAAAUCCUCAUCAUUGGCAACAGCAGCGUAGGAAAGACUUCCUUCCUCUUCCGCUAUGCAGACGACUCCUUCACGCCAGCCUUUGUCAGCACAGUGGGCAUCGACUUCAAGGUGAAGACCAUCUACAGGAACGACAAGAGGAUAAAGCUGCAGAUAUGGGACACUGCUGGCCAGGAGCGCUACAGGACGAUCACCACAGCUUACUACAGGGGGGCCAUGGGCUUCAUCCUCAUGUAUGACAUCACCAACGAGGAGUCCUUCAACGCCGUUCAGGACUGGUCGACCCAGAUCAAGACGUACUCAUGGGACAAUGCCCAGGUCCUCCUGGUGGGGAACAAGUGUGACAUGGAGGAUGAGCGGGUGGUGGCCUCAGACAGGGGCCAGCAGCUGUCAGAACAGCUGGGUUUUGAGCACUUUGAAGCGAGCGCUAAAGAUAACAUCAACGUGAAGCAGACCUUCGAGCGGCUGGUGGACAUCAUCUGUGAGAGGAUGUCCGAGAGUCUGGACAACAACGACCCGGCUGUCACGGGCAAUAAACAGGGGCCCCAGCUCACCGAGCAGCCUCAGAGGUCCCAUCAGGAUUGUGCUUGCUAGACUUGACUCAACACAAACACACUGCUGUCCUAAAAUCCACACACCUUUUUCUUUUUUUUUUUUUUUAGGUUUGUCUUUCACUUUCUUUUUCUUUCUCAUAGGUAUGUGCACAUACACACAAACACUGCCAUGCAGAGACACACAACCUGGCUGCUUAGAUUUUCCAUCUCUCACCUCACCAAGAGCAUUAUCCCCAAAGAUUUGGUGUUGUCAGUAACGUCAUCUUAAAGUUUUUGUGGAUUUCAGUAAUGCAGAGUUUAUGUGAUAGUGCUGAAUUAGUCAGAGUGGUGAAGAACAUUUAACAGAGGUACAAUCCCAAUCUGUUUUUUCUUUCUUAUUUGCACACACACACACACACACACACACACUAACUAUAUUGUAUCCUAACAGAAUUAUAGAAGGCCAUGAAGGUUGAGACUUCAUCAUUCCUUGUUGUCUGCUGUUGGGUUUUAAUAUAAAAGGCUGUGGAUCCUCCACUCCCAGGCCCCACUCAGUACCAAAGCCUCAAACCUAAAUUCAGACAAAUCCGUUGCAUUUGUUUUUCUUUUAGUCCGAUUGGAAAUAUACAUUUGAUGCUGUGGAGAGGAAUUGCUGUUUAUUUAUUUUUUUUACUUUUUUGAGUUUGUCAGGUGUGGUUUUGAGCAUGUGGAAUCACCGGUCAUUCCCCAUGUCGUGAUUGAGUUUCUACAGAUAAUUAUGCUCCCAGUUUAAGGUCCAAAUGGGUUCAUUUGAAAGUUUGUUGUCCUUUUUUUUUUUUUUUAGGAAUGUACG